AAAACGCGUCUACACACCGCAGUAUACAUACAUGUACACAGGCACCACAGGUCGACCUCGGGAGACCGACGGGUGGGCAUCAAGCCCACUCCUGCGUCGUGUCACUCGCAGCAGGCAGGCAGCUAGCUAGUCAGGCAGACACGUACUAUAUAGACAAAACGGAUGCAUUUGUGCGGAUGCAGAAGACGGCUUCAGUCAGCAAAUGGUUGGAAGCCGUCUUCUGCAUCCGCACAAAUGCGUCAACCAAUGCGUCAACCACCAUACACUCUCCUGAACGAAUGGAUGAGAUCAGACACACAUCUUACAGUGGCAUUUGUUUGCGUGUGGUUCAUGUACUCGGCUCUUGAGAGUGGCGAUUUCCUCCCUAAGUCGCUCAAUCUCGGCCUCCAGACGACGCCGCUCGGCCGCUUCCUGCGCACACUGCAGAGUCACACAGACAGACACAGAUGCAGAAGGGGUCGGUGAUAUGAACUACCUUCUUGUUGCACGUGAUGAGUUGUUUGUAGAGCUUGUCGAAGGCCCCGUCAUCCUGUGCGUCGACUGCCUUCUUCAGGGCUUUCUUGAAGGCCGUCUGGAUGGCUGACGGGAGGAGGGGCACCACGGGAAGGACGGCGGCCACACCUUUGAUGUCAAAGUCAGACUCCAGCGCGGAUGAGACUUGAUCAACACGAUAUUGGGACAGGCCCUCGAUGGCCGCCGCCCAAUACAGCAUGAGUGGAAGGCGAUGACGCUGCACCACAGCCAGGUUGGAAACCGGAUACUCAGCGACUUCACGAUGAAUCGACCUGCACACACAGACGAUCACAGAGACAGACAGAGAGAGAGAGAGAGAGUGAGAGAGGAGGACACGUAUCGUGUGUGCAUGUCAUCUCCCCACUCACUUGGCCAUCCGGGAGAUCUCCUCAUAGCAGCCGUCAAUGACGCACAUCCGCAGAUAGUGCAGGGCCAGUACACGCAGCGGGAAGUAGCGAACCGUCAUCUGCAGCACGACAUCCUUGAGACGGAUGUCCCCCAGCCCCUGCUGCGGCAGCGCAUCGGCACCAAUAACGCGGGCGCUGCAAAACAGCCAGCUUACCCGUCCCAUCAGCUUUAUGCCGAAUUCACUGACAGAGGCGCCAGUCGACGUCACCUUGCCCAUGCGGAUCUUGCGCGAAGCCAUCAGAGUCGGGCUCUCAUGCAGCUGGAUCGCGGGGCGUGUGGCAUCGGAAUCGCCGUGAGGAUGAGCCACCUCCAGACAGCCAUCAGGAGCAUAGCAUGACACGAAAGACUCCCCCUCAGCUCGCCUUCCAACGACUGGAUGGAACUUGACGUACCAGCCCGCCACUUCCGUCAGCUUGGCAUCGCCGUCGCGGAUGGCAUUGGCUGGCAGAUCGCUGGAUGUGGGAGGGGCGUAGGGAGGGGGAAGACCCACCACCUCGACAGAGAAGCCCAUACACGUGAUGGCUCCCCCCCGCUCGUCGGCAAAGGGCCGCACCGUCGCCGUAGAAGAGGAUGAGAAUUCGUCGGACUCGAAAACGGCCGCUGCAGACGGACAGGACGACACCGACCACAGACAAGCAGAGGUGUUGCUGAUGUGAGCCGUUCCACCUGUCCUCUUGUUUACCCUGUGCGGCCGAGAGAGAUGCCGUGUUCGUCACCGAUGUCAUGAAUUUGGCGAGCUCUUGACGCGACACAUCGACUGCAUCGUACGAGAUGGCAUCUGCCAGGCUGGCCACCCAAGCUCACCGCUGCCUUGGUGGCAUCGGUGUCCUCGCCCAUUUCGCGACGACGCCACUGCUCGCGGAUGACGUCAGGCCUCUUGCGGAGGGACUGACGCAGCGCCGCGCAAAUGUCGGUAUGGCGGUGGAUGAAGCGGGCGAUGAAUGGAUAGCGGGCGAUAGUGUCCAGCAACUUGCUGGCCAGCUGAUGGUCGGCAAGCCAUCCCUCUCCCACAACCUGACACAGACCAAAAGGCACCGACAGUGGAACCAUGAACGAGAUUGAGGUCUCUCUCUUGCCGAUGCUCGCCUUGCGAUGGAUGCGCCACAGGAGGCUCUUGUUGCUGCCGGUGGUAAAGAUCUGGUCGGUGUCGAAUUGCAGGUAGUCCAGCGCCACCAUCGCGUCGAGCAGAUUGUCCCUGGUCAGCGAGUCCACUAUGUCCACCUCCUGCUGCAGGACCACCUCACCGAUGGGCCGGCUGAUCUUCUCGAUGGACACCUGACGCUCCUGGCCCUCCUGAAACUCGCCGUCCAUCACCUGCACCCACACACACAGAGGACACACAUGGCGUGCAUGUCACGUGUCUGUCAUCUCUGCCGUGUGUGGUGUGUCGCAUCUCACCUGAGUGAAGUAUCUGAAUGGCAGCAGAAUGCCCUCCUUGACGACGAGCGGCGCAUCGCCCUCCGCAUCGCCAGCGAACCGCACACUCACAGACGGCUCCAUCACACCGCUCACCGCAGCAGGAGGACGACAGCAGACACCGAGGAGGCGACGGCAGCACCCUCGACGAGAGCAGAGGACCCCACGACGGAGAUGCGCCGCAACGGAAGAAACACAGAUCCUUCCAGUCUCUCUCCUUUUCAGUCAGGCGACGAUCAGAAGGCUUGUGCUGG